UGAUCGUACAUACAUACAAACACUGUUGCGCAACCAGUGAUAAGAUUUAUUAUUUUGUUUGGAUAUCCUUGUUAAUUUAGUAAAUAAUCAUGAAAGUAUCUACCCUUGCUCGUGGAUUGUUUAGCGCAAUCAAAACGAACACCGCUUCCUUGACACGCUCACAUUUUACUUAUUACCCUACAAAAUUAACUGAUGGUUCCGGCGGGGCGCAAAAAAUGAACAUGUUCCAAGCAAUAAAUAAUGCGAUGGACUUGGCCCUUGAAGAAGACAACUCGGCUUUAUUAUUUGGAGAAGAUGUCGGCUUUGGUGGUGUUUUUCGUUGCUCCAUAAAUCUGAGAGAUAAAUACGGAAAGGAUCGUGUUUUUAAUACACCAUUAUGCGAGCAAGGAAUUGCAGGUUUUGCAAUUGGUGUGGCAAACACGGGAGCCACUGCUAUAGCCGAAAUCCAGUUUGCUGAUUAUAUAUUUCCCAGUUUUGAUCAGAUCGUAAAUGAGGCUGCCAAAUAUCGGUAUCGAAGCGGUGGCCUAUUUGACUGUGGAUCCUUAACGUUCCGAGUUCCCUGUGGCGCUGUUGGUCAUGGUGCCUUAUAUCAUUCCCAGAGUCCCGAAGCAUACUUUGCUCACACGCCUGGUCUACGAGUAGUGGUUCCACGAGGUCCUAUCAAGGCGAAGGGUCUAUUAUUAGCUUGCGUUCGUGAUCCAAACCCCUGCUUAGUGUUUGAGCCUAAAACCUUGUACCGUGCUGCGGUUGAAGAAGUGCCAACUGCCUCCUAUGCGGCCGAGUUGGGAAAAGCUGAUAUUCUACGUGAGGGUAAAGACGUUACUCUCAUCGGCUGGGGAACUCAAGUUCAUGUGCUGUUGGAAGUCGCCGAAAUAGCCAAAAAGCAAAUGGAUAUUGAUUGUGAAGUAAUUGACUUGGUAUCUAUUUUGCCUUGGGAUACUCAAACAGUUUGCAAUUCUGCCAGUAAGACUGGUCGGGUGUUAGUUGCUCACGAAGCGCCAUUUACCCAAGGAUUUGGUUCUGAGCUGGCUGCUUAUAUACAGGAGAAAUGCUUUUUACGCCUGGAAGCGCCCGUAAAAAGAGUUACGGGCUGGGAUACUCCAUUUCCUCAUGUAUUUGAGCCUUUCUACUUGCCUGACAAACAUCGCUGUCUUGCAGCUCUAAAAGAUAUUAUCAACUAUUGAUUGAUAUUGUACUAGAAACAAUCUUUACGAAACGGAUGCAUUUAUUUACAAGAUUGCUUUAAUAUUUACUUAGUUUAUAUACUCCGACGUGCUUCCAUUUUGAUAUAUUACUGUUACUUUUUUCCAUUGUUAAUGUUAAUAUUUGCGAAUGCCAAAAAAGGCUUAAAAGGUAAAUUGCAAUAUUCUUACGAUUCCCGACUUGGGAGCACAGAUGAAUAAUAAAUACAACAUGUUUAAAUAA